AUGCAUCAUUCCCUGCAGGUUUUCGUAACCCAAGUCUGCCCUGAUCUUUCGGAAGCGUCCUUCCGUCUCACCGGGGAGAGUUAUGCCGGUUAUUAUCUCCCUACGCUAGGAGCACGAAUAGUUUCCCAGAACAAUCUCUACCCCAAGCGUCCCCAGGUUAAUCUGAAGUCAACCUUGAUUGGAAACGGCUUGGUACCGGUACUUGAUAAUGCUUUUGGGUACUGGGAGACAUUGUGUACUAUUCCAAAGGGUUUUGACAAGCCUGUCUUCAACGAAACUCAAUGUGAUAUCAUGGCUGCCAACCUGCCAAGAUGUAUGAAGGUUGCUCGUGCAUGUUACGACACUCCAGACUGGGCUAUAUGCCAGGCUGCCUACGGGGGUCAGGCUUCGUUUAUGGCGCAUCAUCGUAGGUCGCUCAUGCUUUAUGGCGUGGGACUCGGGUGGUUCAAGCAGGCAAAGGUUCAGAUAGGUAACCGCAAAGAGAAGACAACAUUUACUUUCGCUGCGGUUGAUAGUGCUGGAAAUAUGGUCCCAUACGACAGACCCCAGGAAGCAUUGCGAUUAGUUGAGAAAUGGCGCUUUGAGUGCACUUUGGAAUGA